AUCACCAUCUCCUACUCCUACUCCUACUCCUACUCCUUCCACCACCUCUCAUCUCCAACCCUCCAACAAUUCCAUCAUUACCAUUCCUAUUCAAAUCCACCCUCAACUCAAGAUCCUUCUCCCUUCCUAAUCAAACCGUACGUGUAACGUCGGCUCACACCUACACACCCACCCUUCUCCGCCCCCCCAAUCCCCCUGCCCAUCCCCCUACCUAAACCCCCCCCGUCCUUUCUGAGAACGUGCCAUUGCUCUCUUAACCCAAGCAACCCCAAGCUCAUGCACAUCACCGCACGUCACCGUCACAGAUACCCUCUCUCGUAACACCCACCCACCACCAUCCAUCAUCUCAAUUAUCUUCUACAAACCCAAAUCUCUCCCGCGACCGAAAGGUGCGCCGCACCAUCCACAGCCGCCAUGGUCUUCCUCGGCAUACAUCGCGCCCUAUACGACUAUGUCCCCCAGAGCGAAAACGAGAUCGCCCUCGCAGAAGGCGACCUCCUGAUGGUUCUGGAGAAAUCCACGGAAGACGACUGGUGGAAAGCCAAGAAGAAGGGCGCCGAAGAUGAUGAUGAGGAGCCCGAAGGCCUGAUCCCAAAUAACUACGUAGAAGAGGCCCAACCGAUAGCGCGAGCAAAAGCUCUCUACGAUUACACACGACAGACGGAUGAAGAGCUCUCAUUCAAAGAGGAUGCCGUCCUCGAUGUUUACGAUGCUUCGGAUCCUGACUGGACACUCAUCGGAGUCGAUGGUGAUUAUGGAUUCGCGCCGGCGAACUACAUUGAGAUCAAGGAAGGAAGCAGGGUCGCACCAGCACCGGCUACAGUAACAUCUCCCACCCUACCUCCUCGUUCAGCAGCGGCUUCCGCGGGUGCAGCUCCCGAUUCAGAUGACGAACAGCAGCCUCCCACCCCCGACAGUCCCGCCCACCAAAGUCCGGCCGCUGCACUUGCUGGCAUCAUUCAGAAGAAGUCGGAGCAGACGUCCGCCCCACGAUCCGUCAUCUCACCCCCGCCUAAUGUCACUGCUGCUCCUCGUCGUCGCGUGAAGUUUACCGAGGAGGAAUCGGACGAGGAGCAGGUACCACCCCCUCGGUUGCCACAAAGACCGGCUUCGCAGCAAUUCUCGCCUCCUCCAACACAAUAUGCCACUCCUCGCUUCCCAGAUUCGCCUCCUGUUGCGUCGCCGCCGGCUCGGAGCGUGACAUUCGACCAGUAUGACCCGCGUGACGACCGAGACCAGCCAAACACUCCUCUUUCUGCCUCCGGAUAUCACCUUUACAACAUCUACGAAUAUAUUACUCAGCCAGGUAAGAACAAGAAGAUGCCCAUCACUCUGGGCAUCAACAUCCCGAAAGGAGUCAUUAUGCUCGCACCCGAGAAAUCAAGAGACGGACACCAACAGGAGUGGACUGCGGACAACCUUGAGCUCUACUCUCAAGAAGGAAAGCACGUGUUCUUAGAGCUGAAAAGGCCAAGCAAGAGCGUAGACCUCCACUGCGGGGCAAAGGAUACUGCUUCAGAGAUCAUAUCUUUUCUGGGUGAACUGUCUGGGGCAGCUAAGGCAUCGGGUCUGCGGGAAGUCCUCGCUGCCGGAUCGGGUCAUUCGAAUGUACAGAAGAAAGGGGCAAUGCUAUUCGAUUUCAUGGCCCAGGGCGAUGAUGAGGUUACAGUCGCGCAGGGAGACGAAGUACUCAUCAUUGACGACUCGGCCAGCGCGGACUGGUGGCAAGUGCGGAGACUGAAGAAUGGAAAGGAGGGCGUGGUUCCAUCUAAAUUCGUCGAGAUAACAGGUUCCGUUCCGAUAUCCGCCGCAUCUUCGGCUCGAUCUGGAGUGAAUGCCGGUCGCUCCACGACCGAUCAAAAUAGAUUAGAGGAGGAGGAGCUCGCCCGGCAGGCUUCGAAAGCAAAGCGACGGAGCGAGGGUGAUGCUCGGGCUGAUCAGGUAGGGCCUGGCCUGCACUUGCCUGCGCGUCAUUCUAGUCUUAUGCAGUCAAAUGUUGACCAUCGUCGUACUUCACAGAGAGGCAAACGCGAUAGCACUGCGAAAGAUCCCAAAUCUUCCAAACCCAACCCUGCUAAGCUACGCGUUUGGACAGAUCGAUCUAAAUCAUUCACUGUCAACGCCGAAUUCCUGACGAUCAAGGAUGGAAAGAUUCAUCUCCACAAAGAAAACGGCGUCCGAAUUGCUGUGCCCGUCCCUAAGAUGUCCGCUGAUGAUCUAGAAUACGUCGAAAGAGUGACGGGUAUCUCGUUGGAGGACGACAAGCCACUCUCGGACAUCAAACGAAGAAGCACGCAACGCGCGAACGAGCUGAAAGGCUCUUCAUCUGGACUUUCCGUCGAGAAGAAACCAAAAAACGACUUCUGGUUCAAUUUCUUCCUCGAGAGUGGGGUAAACCCUCAGAUAUGCGAGCGAUAUGCACAGGCGUUUGAUCGUGACGAGAUGGGGGAGGAAAACUUGCCCGAUAUAACUGACGGUCUUCUUCGUACCCUCGGCCUCAAGGAGGGCGAUAUUCUCCGUGUUAUGAAACAUUUGGACAAUAAAUUUGGUCGCGACAAGCGGGGUGACGGUGACGACGGUAGCAAAGGUCCUCUAUUCACUGGACCAGGUGGUAGCCUAAAGAACAACACGCGUAAAGGACGGCCAGCACCUCCUGUCCAGACAAACGACGUCGUCGAUGCGAAGGCUCUUGAACAGAAGACAGACGACAGCCCUAAAAGGCCCGCUGAAGCGUCGCCUACUCCCCUCGCAUCCGUUCCAACCCCUGCCUCAGAUAAGAAGGUUGAGGGUUUCGAUGAUAACGCCUGGGACGUCAAGCCUUCCCGACAGCCGUCGGCCUCCCUACCGACAACGACGAACUCUAACCCACAAACAUCGACACAGGCCCCAGCUCCUGUUCCCGCUCCCGCUCCCGCUCCUGCCCCUGCCCCUGCCCCUACGCCCUCAGUCCCGGCACUUACUGGCUCUUUGGGAGAGCUAUCUCUACUAAUGCCAGCUAUUAAGCCUGAGAUUCAAGCACAACCAGUACCCGCUGCCCAGGCACCUGUCACAACACAAGCUACGCAGCAAGCGCAGCUAGCUGGCGCUACACCGUCGUUGUUUGAUCAGGUAGCUGCUAUCAAAUCGGUUCCUCCCGAACAAAUUGCCCCUCCUCGAGUUCGGCCUCAGGCACCGCAACACCAGAGUCAGAACGGCCUCAUUGCACCUCCUCCACAGCGAGCAGCUUCAGCUCCUCAGAAUCAACAGAGCGCAUUUGCUCCGCCGCCUCCGUUGCAGCCACAGCUCACCGGGUAUGGUGGUGCCCCAGUCAUGCAUGCGCAACUCGCUCCUCCUGGCCAAAGCAUGCAGGAUCUAAACAACCAGCGUCUCCAGCAACAAAUGACCGGCUUUCCCCAACAACUACCCGGGGCUUAUCAGUUCCAAUCGAAUGGCAUUGCACCACAACCGACUGGUUUCAGCAACAUGCCAGCACAGCCAAUGCAAUCCCAGGUGACCGCAUUUACACCCUACCAGCAGCCUGCGCCGACGGGAUACCAACAAACCCUGCCCCAAGCAUUCCAACCUAUGCAGACAGGCUUCCAGCAGAAUGGAAGCCCCUUUACUGACCCAUCACGACCCCCUUUCCAGCCCAUGCAGGCUCAACCCACGGGUUUCAAUUCAUUCUCUCCAGCACCGGUAAAUGGUCAGACCGGGAUCAAUCGCUUCCUUCCUCCAGCAAUCCAGCCAACACCUACUGGUUUCGGACAAUCUCAGAGCCCCCCUCCCAUGCCUCCCAUGCCUCCCAUGCCACAGGCUCAACCGUUGGUGCCACAGAAAACGGGACCUGCUCCAAGUAUACGAUUUGGGGUGCAGCCGGCCAAUAAACUAGUACCUCAACCUACAGGAAGGGCAAACUUGGCCAAGGCUACGCCACAGAAUCCUUUUGGUUUCUAGGACACAGACAUGGCCCUUGCACUGGCAAUUCUUAAUGCUGCCACUGUGACAGACCUCUGUAUAUAAUUGGCAUCUACUAGAUCGCCCCAUGUAGUUUUGCAGUUUUUGCCAGCAAAUAUGCUGCAUAGCGCUUCGUUCUUCUUCUCCUUUCUGAAUCGCCUCCUUACCUAGAUAUGGUUGGCGGCGAGUGUCCGUUUUCUCUCAUGCGAAUGAAGCGAGCAUGGUAGAAGUAGAAAAAAAAAGAAUGGCGAGGAGAGGCACUCAUCUUGC